AAAUUCGUCAGAAGUAGGUCAGUCAUGCCGCGGUAGUAUCAAUUUGCAAGAGGCUCGUAUCCAUGCAGACAAAACAACGAACAGCUUGAUAAUUUCAGCACCUUCGCAAACAUUUCAUUUGAAAGCACAAAAUGAACUGGAUUAUGACAAAUGGUUUCAUGCGCUUGAAUGUGCUCGCCAUCGCGCUGUUCGUGACGCUGAAUCAGAUGAGGACGACGAUAUCAAGAUGAGCGUAUCUAGCAACAGUAGUGUCACUGCAAUCGAAACAAUGAACCGAGCAAUUGCUACUAAAAUUUUUGAUUUAAGGACAUGCAGCUCCCUUAUUUCAAAACAUGGAUCAGAACUUUUGAGAGCAAUGAGUGAUCUAGAAAAAACGGAAAGAAUUAAAGCCGUGGCUGAACGCAUUAACCUGUUUAAGAUUACAAUUGCUGCAAUGAUGAAAGCUUGCGAAGAAUUUGUCACUCUAACUGCCGAAGAAUCGAAAAAGGUGGGGCGUUAUGCAGCAAACGAACAUGAACAACGCUUAAGAUUACAAGAUCAGUUGGAAGAGCUUGCGCAGCAACAUAGUAAUCUUGAACGUGUGGCAUAUCACUCGACACAUAAAGGCAGUGUCACUUCGGAGCCACCAUUUUUGGAUGCAGAAGAAGAAUUCCAUGAUGCCUAUGACUAUGUUUCUGAUAUGUAUGAUGGCAGAAAAUCCAGUUCUUCUCAGACGGAAUCUAUUGGUGAAGUGACAAAUUCGAAAUUAUUUAAUGCUGAAAUUAUUUAUCCAAAAACAGUUAAGUCGGAAACGAGAUUAGCCCGUUGCAGUCCAGGAACCCAACAUUCACGGCAGCACCGUACCAAAAUACCCGAGAGACCACAAACUUCCAUCAGUUUGUGGUCCAUUAUGCGCAAUUGCAUUGGCAAGGAAUUGAGCAAAAUUCCGAUGCCUGUGAAUUUUAACGAGCCACUUUCUGUUCUACAAAGGAUUUCCGAAGAUCUGGAAUAUUCUUAUUUAUUAGAUGAAGGAGCAGAAAAGACAGAUUCAGUAGAGCAGAUGUGCUUUGUGGCGGCAUUUGCAGUCAGUGCAUACUCAACAACGGGUUAUCGUACGACAAAACCUUUCAAUCCGUUACUCGGUGAAACAUUUGAAUGUGAUCGAUUUGAUGAUCUUGGUUGGCGCUCUUUUGCCGAACAGGUAAGCCAUCAUCCACCAAUAACAGCACAUCAUGCUGAUGGCCAUAAAUGGACACUGCAUCAAGAUUUCUCAAUGACGUCACGUUUUCGUGGAAAAUAUUUAUCGGUAACACCUACCGGUUAUACAUAUGUUAAGUUUCUGGAUAGUGGAAAUGAAUAUUCAUAUAAGAAAGUAACUACCACUGUACAUAACAUCAUCGUAGGCAAGCUGUGGAUAGAUAAUCACGGUGAGAUGUUGAUUGAAAAUCACAAAACUGGUGAUAAAUGUGUAUUGAAAUUCCAUCCCUAUAGCUAUUUCUCACGUGAACCUCCGCGAAAGAUAGCUGGUUUCGUAAAAAAUCCAGUUGGAGAGGUCCACUGGCUUAUCCAGGGCAUCUGGGAUAGCCAUUUGGAUAUUCUUAAGGUCACAAAUGAAGUUAAUACUGGUGAUAGUGCACGAUUUGAGACGGAUGCACCAAGUCGUAUCUGGACGAUCAAUUCACCAAUAGAAAAUGGUGAGAAGAUGUAUUACUUCACAAAGUUAGCAAUUGAGUUGAAUGAACCAGAAGAAGGUGUAGCUCCAACAGAUUCACGACUUCGUCCUGAUCAGCGAUUAAUGGAAGAUGGAAAGUGGAAUGAAGCAAAUGAAAUGAAAGUAAAAAUUGAGGAGAAGCAGCGUGCCGUUCGUCGAGAGCGGGAAAUUUUAGCGCAAAAAGCUUUGCAAAGAGGUGAACCAUUUGAAGAAUAUAAACCGUUAUGGUUCAAAAAAGAUCAACAUGAAGAAACGGGUACUUUGAUACACAUAUUUACCGGUGAAUACUGGGAGAAGAAGAAAAUUGGUGACUGGUCCAAAUGUCCGAAUAUCUUUUAAAAUAUUUUAUUUUAAUAUUCA